AUGCUAACUCAUCUUUUAGAACUGGAGCUCUACCGACUUGAACAACGGUAUGCUAGGCGCAAGAAUCGCAGCACCUUCACCACAGGGGCCCAAUACGUCAACGGUGAAUACAUUUACGCAAACAAUACCGGCAGUGCAUAUUCGUCGACCGCAACGUCCGGCCCGACGGUAGUCAAACAUUCGACGGGGACUUCAUGGCGGCCGUCGGGGACCUGGCCUGGACAUGGAAGAAAGCAUCGUCGAUAUGCGUGA